UUUGAUCUCCAGCUCAUGGUCUCCCCUCACUUUUCCCCUCUAGAUGGGAUCUAUUUUGGCGACAACCGAUUUGACACAGUGAGUGAGUCAGGAACCGCCACGCUGAAAGCUCGGCCCAGAGUCCGACCCCUACUGACUUUUCUUCCCUUGGACGCCCAGGAGAACCAUGGACUGGCUGUGCCCACCCCCUCUGUCCCAGACAGCUUUGCAGACAAACAAGGCGCCAGCAUACUUGUCAACGGCAACCUCCGACUCUACAGCUCUGUGGGGGACCUAAGGCCUGGGCACUAUGGCCAGGAUGCCUUCAUCCCUCCACCUCCCCCAGGCCCUGCCCCACCGCCACCCCUAUACACAUCACAACCUCAGGGGGAGUCCUCACCACCACCCCCACCUUCUGUAGCCCCCACCCCGCCCAGCACAGCCCCACCUCUGUCCCCAGUAUUGGGGGCCCUGUCCCCUCCAACCACCCUUUCCCCCCCCUCCACACCCACCCCUCCUGACUUCAUUCCCCCUGCCCCACCCUUGGCUGUUCAAGCCCCACCACCGCCCCUUUUCCCAGCCCCAGUGCCCCCAGCUCCCGUGUCUCCUCAUACACUGGGGACACACCUCUUUCCCACUGGGGGUGUCACCAAGUGGAAAUCAGAGGUUGCGCUAAAUGGCAGGCAGCCUGAGGUCCCCAGAAGCAGCCCCCCCAGGAGCCCGGCUGAGCCAAAGGGGAGCCUCCUGGGACCUCAACCGGAGUCCCACCUCACCUUCCCCCGCUCACUCAAGGUGCCUCCCCCGACCCCAGUCAGGACUUCGUCCAUCUCCACUCAGGAAGCGCAAGGGGCUCUUCCCAAGGAAGAGGGGGCCACCAAGAAGCCCCCCAGUCGACUCCCACUGCCUCCCAGCUUUCACAUCCGCCCCGUGUCCCAGGUCUACCUGGACAGGGCUGCUGAGCCAGACCACCCCGAGGGGCCUGGGGCUGCGGCACCAGCCAGCCCCAGGCUGGGCCAGUCCCAGGCUGGGACAAAUGUACAAGCUGAGACCCCACCUCCAGCCCCUCCCCUGCCCCCUCCUCCACCCCCACUCCCUCCCCCAGCACCCCCUCUCCCCCCUGCUGCCCCUCUUUUGCCACCUGCUGAGAAGGCAGCCCCUCCACCUGCUGGGUUGAUGAAAAGCCCCAAGUCCAGCUCUCCUGCUCCCAAACCCAAACCUGACCCCCCAAGUCUGGAGGACACAGCCUCUUCAGAGUCUGUGGACUGGCGGGAUCCCAGCCAGAUGGAAAAGCUGCGGAAUGAGCUGUCAGCCUAUCUCUCUGGCUGCAGGAGAGAGGACCGAUGCGUCAGUCACAGACCAGGCCCAACCACAGCCUCUCAGGGAAAGGAAAGCAAGAAGGGCCUCAGACUGCCAGAGAAGGAGGCCCCCACAAGCCUACCAGAGAAGGUGACCCCCCCAAGCCUGCCACAGAAGGUGACCCCCCCAGGCCUGCCACAGGUGACCCCCCCAGGCCUGCCACGGAAGGAGGCCCCCCCAAGCCUGCCACAGAAGGAGGUUCCCCUAAGUGUUCCUCAGGAGAGUCCCUGCAGCCUGCCAGAGAGAGAGGCUGCCACUGGCCUGAGCCUCCCCCCUGUGGACUACAUCCCCCAAGACUCGCCAACUCCCAGCGUCCGGCAGAUCAGGAAUAAGCUGGAGGCCAGGUUUUCCUUAUCCGCAGAGAAGGAAGCCAAGCCCAGCACAGGGUCGCUGCCUCCCAAGCCACGGCUAGAAGGGGUAAGAAUCUUUGAAAACAGGGCUGAAAAUGGCAAAUUCUCCAAGCCUGUAGCCCAGAAUCCGCCAGCUCCAUCCACCACUCCUCUGCCAACCACGCCACGCCAAUCCAAGGCCAUGCCUGGACCAGCCACACCACCCAAGGCCACACCUGAGCCCAUCAUACCAUCCUUGGCCACAACUAUGCCCACCACAUCAUCCCAACUGACAGCAGAGAAGAACUUAGUCCCAGCUGGGCAGGGGGAGAAGCCAGAAGGCCAAGGACUUGCAGUGCCCUCCAAACCAGAGACAGAAGGGCGCUCCUCAGAGGCCAGUAAGCCUCCUACACAGGAAGCCCUCUCAUCUCCAGCCCUCCCCACAAAGGUAUCUCCUAGCCGAGAAGAGGUGACAUUUCUCUACAAGCCCCAUCGCAGCCAGAACAGCCCUGGCAGAGAGGUGGCCGUGGUGAUGCCCACCCUGUCCAGAGGAGAGGCUGCAGGCUCAGGGGAGCCUGUGGAGGUGAAGGAGCCCCAGGGGCUGCCAGCCAAACCCCAAGCCUCAGCCCAGCCUGCUGAUCAACUCCUCAGGCACCCCGUGACAGGGGAGGUGGCGGAGCAGGGCUCCCCGAUGGCCCUACUCCUUGCAGCCCGGCAGAGGGCACAGAAGGGGAGGCCCAGACGAAUUGCCCUGGGCCGGUCCUCCCUGCCAGGGAGUCUCCGAGUCCAUAGCCAGCCCGAGGCAGGCUCUGAAGUCAUCUACAGCCAUGGCCAGCCCAACUCCUUCACUGUGGUCCCCAAGAUCUCCAAGGAGACUGAGGACCCCCAGCUAACCUCGCCAGGACAGCCCAAGGUACCCAGUCGGUGGAAGCCCCAGCCCAGCAGAGACCCAGAGGGCACUGCGCCCAGCCGCGGGCACAGCUGGACAAAGGCGGAGCCCCAGGCCCCUGCAGCCUGCGAAAGACCAGCGCUCUCCAACCUCCCCCAGGGCCGCCAGCCUCCCAAGUCCUUCUCUUCCCCUCCUUCUCCUUCCCGCAAGAGGGAGGAGGAGGAGGAGUUCAACUUCGAGGUCAUCCCACCGCCGCCAGAGUUCAGCAAUGACCCCGAGCCCCAGGCCCUCCAAUAUGUGGGGCGCCGGGGCUCCCCUCCCCGGAACAACUUCCCAGACUCGGGGCCGCCCCUAGACGCGGGCCCUCCUCGCGGCUUCUCGCGCUUUCCCGCGGGUGCGGACCCCGGCGGCGGGGGCCUGGAGCGCUUCUCGCACGGGGGCCGUUCGCUCAUCAAGAAGCGCCUGUACGUCGGGGAGCCCCACCGCAGCUCCGGGCUGCCCCGCGGCGGUACCGGCUCCCCCAACUGCUUCGGGCCGCCUCCCGGAUGCCCGGAGACGCGGCGCGUCACCUCGGCGGGCCGCACGCCCCUCGGCGGCCUGCACCCGCGGAAUAUGUCCCUGGAGGGCGCCGUCCGCGGGGAGGCCAAGUUCAAAGCGCCCGGCGGCGACUGCGGCUGCGCACCGGCUACCGGCAGGUCUCCCCACGGCAACGCCCACUACGGAAGCUCUAUCAACACAUUCACCGUGAGGCCUGGGACCCGCCAUCCCAUCUCCUAUGCCUACUCGGGGGCCCAUCGGAAGGCCCCAUCCUGAGCCCAGGGUUUUCUUGGUUCUACUCUGAAGGGUUGGAUCUGGGCACUUGUUUUUGUGGGGGUGGGAGGGACACAGCAGGUGUUAGGUAGCCUCACUCACAGAGGAGUCUUUGUUUCCCAAAGACAGACAGACGACGAGUGAAGUUGUGGCCCAGGAAGAUCAAGGUUGGACUACUGUUUCCCAAAGCACUAGUGUGGCUGUGGACUGUGCAGAUGGGGGUGAGAGAGGGAAAGAAGGAAGAGAGGAGGAACCUUUAAGGACCCGGGGCCCAAAUUUUCGCUGUCUGGUACUAUUUGCUUUAGCAAGGCUUAUUUAAAGCAGUUUUCCAAGCAGACCUACUGAGCAGGUUCUAAAAGCAAGGGCUGGGGCACUUACUGAAUGGGAGCCCAUCAGGAUGGCUGUGAUCGCCACUCAGGCCCUCAUGAAGGGCCGAGGCCCAGCCCAGUCCUGGCGAGGGUGUAGGGUGCUACAGGUUCAUCUCCUUAUCCUCUGUCCACCAGCUGCCACUCUAAGAAUGGCACCUGGAAUUCCUAGCAUAGCCACAUUGAGGUGGGACCAGGAAUCUGCAUGCAUAACACAUAGUGAAGGUACUGGAGCAAAGUGCUUUGUAUUGACCAAGGGUGGGGAUGGGAGGCUUUUUGGUUCAUUUCUCUCUGGCCCUUAGCUACAGGAAGGCCUAGAGAGAGAAGGCUUUGGCAAGUUUAGGAUGGAAGACAGGAUUAAAGCUUGCUUUUCUACUCAGACCCAGGCAGCCAUGAUUUGGGGGAUGGGCCCAAGGAGCCAGGAAGCCUGGGGCUUAACACCAAAGGCCUCACAUGGUCAGGUGGCAUAUGGGAUUUGGAGGGGCACUGUUCCUAGUCACCCCUCCCAAUCCCAAUACUACAGGCCCCCAACAUUAUCAAGGCCUUAAAAUGUGUCACCAAGAUGCUGGAAGGCCUUGGAGAGUGGGAGGUGACAGAGAUCGAACAGGUCUGAGAGGACUUUGCUGUCAGUGGGGAACGUGACUUGGAAAGUGAAGAGUGGCAAGACUGGGCCAGUUCGGAGCGGGGGAGCCCUAGCAGUAGGGUGACCAUUUCAUACUUUGCUUAGGAAGUCUGGGUUUCUACCUAUUUUCCAGUGAAUUGGAACCCCUUCCACUUUCAGAAGUCUUGGUUUGAAUGAUGUAUUGUCACCAAACAUAUCAAGAUUGGUUGAUCUUCCGUCUUCAGGUCUUGGGCUGAAUUCCUGGGAUCAGGCCAAGGCAGGCUGCCUGGGUAAGGAGGAAGGGGGGUGCCCAGCUCAGAGGAGCAGGCCAGGAGCAGCAGCCAGGAAGCAGUUCCCUUGGGGGCGUGAUGUUGGACCUUUGUGACCUGUGCUGACCAGCCAAGGUACUGGGGUGCAGGGACAGUGGAUGAGCCACUUGAGGGAAAGAGUGAGGGGGUGGGCAGGUGCCCUGACGGGGCAGGAUCUGGUUACUGGUGUUUGAGGCAAACCUCACCCCAGUGCCAGCACUGGCUCUAUAUAUAUGUAUGUAUUUUCCCUGUACAAUGUUUUAUAAAAGAGUUCACUAAUUUAUCUGCUGUGUUAUGGCUGGAAGGGUGGGUUGUGGAUUCCCGGCUGCAUUUUGCUCUGGGGUGGGCGGGGAAGGACCGAUUCUCCCUUGGCUUGGGAAAUAAAUAGGCCACUUUGGAACUGGCCUCCAGCUCUGUGGCUAUGGAUUGCUGAUUGGGAGCUACUGGGGUGUGAUGAGAGGUGGGAGAGCUCAGCUGGGGAGGGCUGAGCGCAGGGUGCUGGCUGAACUGGUGAGCCAUUAUACUGGGCCCAACUCUCUUUUCUGACACUUAAGUUUUCUCAUUCUCCAAAUCCUUCAAGGGGAAGGAGCAGAGCUGAAGUGGGGUGAUAAACUGUGCCCUUAAGCAAGUCUCUGACUCUCUGAAUCUCAGUUUCUUCUGUACAUUGGCCCGAUAACCUACCUCAUAAGGCUGUUGUGAAGACGAGAGACAGUCAUGCAUUCAUUUAACAAGGAUUCGAGUGGCUACCAGAUGGCAGGCACUGUGCUUAGCAUGGAUAUCCAGUGAUCAGCACACUACACAACCCCUGCCCAUGGAAGACUGUGGGCUAGUGGAGGAGAGAAGAUGAAAGAACACACGGAAACAUCCUGUAUUAUAAUAAGUGGUAGGAAGGGAAGGAACAGGAAGCAUGAAAGUAACUGGAGGGCUGGGGAGAGGAGUGGAUUCACUUUGACUGGCUGGUCAAGGAGCACCUCUUGAAGUGGUGACAUUUAGGCCAAUUGAGUCCAGACAUCCAACACAUGUCUGGUACUCAGUAGCUGCUCAAGAAACUGCAUCUUUGGGUGAUGACUACUUUA